AUGAGUGGGCUCGCUGCACAACGACUAACAGAAGAACGCCGCUUGUGGAGAAAAGACCACCCCGUUGGGUUUAUAGCGCGUCCAAGAACAAACAACGGCGCGCCGAAUUUGUUGCAGUGGGACUGUGGAAUUCCGGGGAAAAAGGGAACGGAGUGGGAAGGUGGGAUUUACCCGUUGACAAUGGACUUCUCAGAGGAAUACCCAACACGCCCACCUAAGUGCAGAUUUCCAAAGGGAUUUUACCACCCAAACGUAUAUCCGUCGGGAACCGUUUGCUUGUCAAUUCUCAAUGAAGAACAAGACUGGAGACCAGCGAUCUCCGUUAAACAGAUCUUGUUGGGAAUUCAGGAGUUACUCGACGCACCAAAUACACUCUCACCAGCUCAGCCAGAGGCGUUUAGAGACAUCAGCAACGACUCCGAAAAGUAUCACAACAAGAUCGCUCAACAAAGAGUGCAGUAUGACCAGGAGAAGUUCUCGCUGUGA